UUUCUCUCUCUCUCUCAAUAAUUUCUUCAAAUUCAUACCAUGGGAAACAAUGGAGAACUGCGGCUGCCAUUUGAGGAAGACGAGAAAACGAUGAACGUGAACCCAACAAACGACACAAGCUCGAUGAACCUUGACCAACCUAGAAGAAGCCUACAAACCAAACCAAAUUACAAAAGAUGGCUAAGAAUUGGUGUAUACACUUUCUUGCUCCUCUCAGGUCAAUCAGUUGGAACUAUGCUUGGGAGGCUUUACUUUGAUAAGGGUGGCAAAAGCAAAUGGUUGGCAACUCUUGUUUCAUUGAUAGGCUUUCCCAUUCUCCUCCCACUCUACAUGAUAAAAUCACCUAAAAUUUCAUCCUCAAAUAUCACCCUCCAAUCAAAUCCACCCACAACUACAAAACUUAUCUUUGUCUAUGUCUCUCUUGGCCUUCUUGUUGCCAUUAAUUGCUUUCUUUACUCUGUGGGCCUCAUGUACCUUCAUGUCUCAACCUUUUCUCUCAUUUGUGCCUCACAAUUGGCCUUCAAUGCCUUAUUUUCUUAUUUCAUUAACUCCCUUGUCUUCACUCCUUUCAUUGUCAAUUCUCUUGUUCUUCUUACCAUCUCCUCCUCUCUCCUCGUCUUUCAAUCCGAUCCGGUCUCCGACACUAGCUCCGACGGCCCCGGACACCCAACUUCUCGAGCUAAGUUUAUCACGGGUUUCGUGCACGGUAGCGGCCUCAGCCGGGUAUGGCCUAGUGCUAUCCCUAACCCAACUAGCCUUCAAGAAAGUCAUAAAAAAGGAGACUUUCAAGGCAGUAUUGGACAUGAUCAUCUACCUAUCAAUUGUUUCAAGUUCAGCCAUUUUGAUAGGCUUCUUUGCAAGUGGGGAGUGGAAAACUUUGAAAAUGGAAAUAGAUGGGUUCCAUUUGGGCAAAGUUUCAUACAAAAUGACAUUGUUUUGGACAGCCAUAAGCUGGCAACUGUUCUCCGUUGGCUCUGUGGGUCUCAUUUUUGACGUCUCUUCUCUCUUUUCCAAUGCCAUUGGUGCUUUGGGUUUGCCCAUUGUUCCUGUUUUUGCAGUCAUUUUCUUCCAUGACAAAAUGGAUGGCAUCAAAAUUGUGGCCAUGAUUUUGGCUGUGUGGGGUUUUGUUUCUUAUGGCUAUCAAAAUUAUCUCGAUGAUUUGAAGAGCUCCUCAAAGGUCAAAAAUCGAGACUCGAACGACGUUUCGAGAUCUUCUUCUUUGCCCUAAGAGAGAUAUGGAUGAACACGAUAUGGUGUCACAACGAGAUUGGUGUAUAUCUAUUCAUACUCGAUAGUAAUCAUUUUGGUGUAAUAUCUCUUUUGUUCCAUCUAUAUUACUAUUGUGCUCU